GGGCAAGUUUAGGUACCUCAUAUCAGGGAUCAGCUUAGGUUAGGCACCUAGGACCUACCUACACAACCCCACACCCAACUAUCGAUAAUUCAGUUGUCGGAGCUUUUCUUUUGCUACCAAGCCGAGAGCUAUGUAAUGUCAUCAUCGCGGGGCAUCUGUGUACCUACCUAAAACUAUCUCUAUUCUAUCACCACUAUACCUAUCUCCUAAUCUUUCUAUUUAAGGCACACUUCACGCCGAAGCUACAUUCGAUUAAAUUACUCCUAUUGUUUCAACCCGCGGUAAUUUAAAGUUUAGACCGCCGACGACUACCCUCAACCAACGACAUGGGCGAACCCACCAUCACAGAAACGUCGCUGAAGGCGGCGCUUACGGAGAGACUGAAGGCCGUCCACGUCGAAGUGACCGACAUGUCCGGCGGCUGCGGGCAAUCCUUCACGUCGCUGAUCGUGUCGCCGCAGUUCGCGGGGCAGAACAGCCUGAAGCGGCACCGCGCCGUCAACGCCGCCCUGCGCGACGAGAUCGCCGCCAUCCACGCCUGGAGCGCCAAGUGCCUGACCCCCGACGAGUGGCAGCGCGACCGGGAGAAGAACGGCGCCGCGGCCGGGGGCCCGCCCUUGGAUGGGACCGUCCAGGGGCACGUUACGGGUGUUGAUGCGUGAUGCGCGAUGCAGGAGCAGAGGAGAGGAGAGUCGAGGAGAGAAGAGUAGAGAGAUAUGCGGAAAGCUAGGGUAGGAACGAAAAGAGAAGAGAAAUACUCAUAUUGUUAAGAUUGCGCGGUGGUUCUUCGGCUGGAUUCGGAUUUUUCUUUCUUUCUAAAAGGAGGCCCUUGGUCUACAUACAUGAUAUUUCGCUUUCCUGUUAUAUACCUAAGGGACGAAGACAAAAAAUAUCACUAGGAAUACAC